AGGAGUUGAUAAUCCACAUGUUGACAAUGAUACAGGUAUCUACAUCACUAAACUGAUCCCUGGAGGUGCAGCAGCUGUAGAUGGAAGGUUACGUAACUGCUCACACACUACCAUGUUUCAGGGUGGAUGACAUCAUAUUAAGAGUAAAUAAUGUGGACUUGGUUGAUGUGCCCCAUUCUGUAGCUGUAGAUGCAUUAAAACGAGCAAGGGAUGCUGUACAUUUGAUUUUAAAGCGAAAGAAACAUCAUCAUAGUCAUGUCUUUGCAAUAGAACUAGUUAAAGGGAACAAUGGUCUUGGAUUUAGUAUUGCAGGGGGAAUAGGCAACCAGCAUGUACCAGGAGACAAUGGAAUUUACAUCACUAAAAUUAUAGUGGGAGAAGCAGCUCAUACAGAUGGCACACUGAAUGUAGGAGAUAAAUUAAUUGCUGUCAAUGACAAAAAAUUAGAGGAUGUUACACAUGAAGAAGCUGUAGCUAUAUUGAAAGCUACUUCCAAUCGUGUGGUCCUCACAGUGAGAAAAAGAAGAGCAUUACCUAUUUAUAUGAAUCACCCACUAUCACUUCCUCUUCCAACUCAACCUUCUCAAGAAAACAUUGAAAUAGUCACUACAACAUCAUUAAAUAUUCCUAUCACAGAACCUCACAGUGACCUGACAUCAAACACCAAAACAUUCAAGGAGCCAAGUGAAGAAGACAUAACAAGAGAACCAAGAAAGGUGAUCCUAAGCAAGGUCUCGACAGGUCUAGGGUUCAACAUUAUCGGCGGGGAGAAAGACGAAGGUAUUUUUGUUUCAUGUAUCUUAACAGGUGGCGCUGCUGAUCUUAACGGUGAACUGAAACAGGGUGACCAGAUAUUAUCGGUAAAUGGGGUGGAGAUGAGGCACGCGACGCACGAAGAAGCAGCGGCGAAGUUAAAAGGGUCAGAGCAAUCUGUCAGCAUGGUAGUGCAGUAUAGACCAGAAGAAUACAAUAAAUUUGAAGCAAAAUUACGUGACCUGCGAGAACAAAUGUUGACCACAUCCUCUGGCACCUUACGUACUUCCCAAAAGCGGUCUCUUCAUGUCAGGGCUCUCUAUGACUAUGAUCCGUCUAAAGACAGUGGUCUACCCAGCAGAGGACUUAGGUUUAACUUUGGAGAUAUUCUGCAUGUUAUUAAUGCAAGUGAUGAUGAGUGGUGGCAAGCAAGAAAAGUUCUUCCAGGUGGUGAAGAGGAAGGCAUGGGAAUAAUUCCAAGCAAAAGAAGAGUUGAAAGGAGAGAGAGAGCACGAUUAAAAUCAGUAAAGUUCCAAGGAAAGAGCAUCAUAAGUGAUGGAAAGAAUACAUUAGAUAGAAAGAAGAAGAAUUUUUCAUUUUCCCGAAAGUUCCCCUUUAUGAAAAGCAAAGAGAACAGUACAGAAGAUGGUAGUGAUGGAGAAAGAGAUGGCUCUCCUACAAAAGGUGCAGAUCCAGUCUCUAUUACAAACACCAGUGACAAUGAAGCUGGAAGCUUACGUGGACAGGAAGAACCUAUACUCUCUUAUGAAGCUGUUACACACAAAAAACUUACUUACACUAGGCCAGUAAUUAUCCUAGGUCCAUUAAAAGACAGGAUUAAUGAUGAUCUCAUCUCUGAACUACCAGAGCAAUUUGGUAGUUGCAUACCACAUACCACUCGACCAAGGAGAGAUUAUGAAGUUGAUGGCCAAGACUAUCACUUUGUGGCUUCUAGAGAGCAGAUGGAGAAAGACAUUCAGAACCAUUUGUUCAUUGAAGCUGGUCAAUACAAUGAUAACUUAUAUGGUACAAGUUUGGCCUCUGUUAGGGAGGUUGCAGAAAAGGGUAAACACUGCAUUCUAGAUGUAAGUGGCAAUGCUAUCAAACGGUUACAGGUAGCAGGACUGCAUCCUAUUGCUAUUCUCAUUAAACCUAAAUCAGUGGAUACUGUAAUGAAUGUUAACAAAAAAGUGACUGAAGAACAAGCUAGAAAAACUUAUGACAGAGCAAUCAAACUUGAGCAGGAAUUUUCAGAAUAUUUUACAGCUGUUGUUCAAGGAGAUACCCCAGAAGAGAUCUAUGCAAGGGUGAAACAAGUUAUUGAAAAGCAGAAUGGUCCCACUGUUUGGAUAGCAGCCAAGGACAAACUCUGAGCACCCCCUACCCACAAUUGGAGGGUCUUCAUGUUAUAUUUAUAUAAAAAGUGUGUUGACAAAGAAAUUGACUAGGCAUCUUUUGUUGCCAUUGUCACACCUCAUUGCCUUUAAUUUGACUUGACCUCUUUUGUUGUAUUUGUCAAAUCCUUUAAUAAGAGCAAAAGAGGUCUCUCAAAUAUGCUGCGUGAUUAUUGUCAUUGGAGGGGUGUGGAUGGGGAUGGAAUGCAUAGUUUCAUAAAUAAACCUCAUAUUUAGGCAAUGUAAUAAGCUACAUACAGCUGAUUGAAAAUUGUAUUAAAUGAUCAUUAUCAGUAAGCAAACACUGGAGUUACACAUAUUUUGCUUUUUGUAAAGUUAUGUUGCAAGAUUCUCUAUGCCAAAACUUGUAGUGAUAUUCUUCAGUGGAUCAGUUGGCUUUCUCAUUCGUUCCUGUAAAAUUCUUUCCAAACUCCUUUCAUAAUAGUAUAAUCAUAACAAUUCAUGUUUAAUAAUAACCUUUAUUAUUUGUUUUGUGCUUUGAAUCAUGUUGUGAAUAGGUUUUUUGAGAACCAACUUUUUGUAGUUUUCUUUAAAAAACUGAAUCAUGGUAGUUAAAAACUCCUGGGUUUGAUACUGUGCAUUUUUAGAACAUUUUGUGGAAAUGAAGUUUCUUGAUAAAGAAAAAGAAUGAUAAAAACAGCAUGUAAAUACAUGCUAUACAUUCAAAAUCAAGCUAUGAAAAAAAUUAGACAGUGAGAUAAUGCAAAAACUUUAUGCUUUUAUAUAAGUACUAGAGAGGGAUGAAAGUUACACAUUGAACUUGUAUUUCAAAACUUGAGAAAAUAAUUACCAAACUUUUAAGUGUUCUUCUUAUUCCUGAAUUUACUCAAAGUAAUCUUGCAAAACAUGUAGUGGCAAGAUAUGAAUUGGUGCGAAUGCUAGAAGUUAUGUUUAAAAUAAUACCAGUAUAGUUCUCAUUGCUAAUAGUAGGCUGAACACAUUAUCCAUAUGUAAUGUAUAAUGAAAGCAUAAAGGUAACUGGUAAUACUUUCUCUCUUGUCUCUUUGUUUACUAUCUUGUUAAAGCCAUACAUUUUGUUAUAUUUUUAAUAAAUAAUUUAUUUUAAAAAAAGUAUAAAAGUAGGAGAAUAAGUGAAGGCUUGUUGGAACCCAGCUGUGUAUAUAAACUGUUGGUGUUUAACUGUAAAUUUGUAACUGUAUGUGAAUAUUAAAAGCACA